UAAGCCUUGUCUGCUCUUCAUGCUUCUAUCUUUACCGUUGACUUUGUCCAUUAAUAGAAUUGCGCUAAAAACUAAACAUGUGAAGGACGUUUAUUCGCUGGUGAAGCGGCCUUUCCUAUCCAUGGGCUGGUCCAUAUUUACGGCUGUGGCAAUCAACUUACUGCCUUGCGUCAGCUUGCAGUUUUAUAGUUAUGUGCAUAAAACAGAGCAAAGGAAAUUCGAGACCUUAAUAGAGACUGCUGCGGCGCGAAUCAGCACCGUCUUUUUAGAGGUUUCGACCCUCCUUCGCGAACAUCACCUCUUAUCUUAUAACUUGACCUCGGCCGAGUCGGACGAUGUUUUUCAGACGGAAUGCUUUUCUACAGUGGCUGUUAAGACUAAAGAACUGAGUGAAAAUGCUUUUAAAGCUCUUGCUGUAUUUAACGGGCUGGAUCCAUUAAUCUUGCAGAGAAGGCUCAGUCUCUCAACCUCCUUAAGCCGAGCACAACACCUCGAGAACUUUCAAAGAAGUUUUUUCUUGAUUCUGCGCCUCUUACUUAAUCUCGUCGAAGCGCUCUCCAACCCUCAAACAUGGUUCUUUUUCGAUGGCUGCGUCGGAGAGAUCAGCGACCUUCUACUUCACUGCUCUCAGUCGGUGGAGCAGAUUUCCUUCAGCAGGUCUCACGACGGGAACUCUUCGCUCGAUGCAGAGAUUGAGAACCUCUUGAGUAGCAAAUGCAAGUUUGUUAAUACCAAGACUGCCCUGAAUUUGCUACUGAAUGGCAAUGUAGUAAAGGAAAACAAUUUUUCCUCCACGUGGUUUGCGGUUCAGUUGACUGAGGUAGUCAAGGAGUGCAGUCGCUGUCCUUGUUUUUUUCAAGAGUUUCUUCACGGUGAAAAGCUGAGUUUAGCGAAGCAAGUUAAAAUUCUGACUGCGGAUUUACUAUAUUCCUAUCCACAAAAUUUUCAUAUAAGGAAUUUUGUGAGUAGUCCUACAAGGACGAGCCUCCUUUUAAGCCAGCAAGACAGUUUUCUUGCGGUUACGGCAAAUUUUUUCCGAAACACUUUUCUUUUUCUCAGCCGUCCGGAAGCGACGUUUGCUAUUAAGUCCUCGCUGGCGGUGUCACUUUUCCACCUUCCUUGUUAUCUGCGAACCGCCGGUGCGAUCGCUCUGAAUGAGUGGCGGUGGUAUUGGGUCUCCGUCACCACUCUCGUUCUGCUGACGUCUCCCAUCGUUGGCUCGGGCAUUAGAAGAGCGGGCCACCGUUUAGCCGGCACGCUUCUGGGGGGCCUCUCAGCGGCUGUUGUUUUAACCAUAACCAACAACGCUAUCGCUUUUGGUUUUGUUCUUUUCUUGACGCUUUUUCUGUGCAUCCAUAUCAAACUGCACACGACGUUCAGUUACUGCGGUAUCAUUUGGGCCCUCACGUUCGCAUUGGUGAGCUACAACCACUUUAUGGAAAUUUUGCCUGUAUGGACGGCCUUUUACCGCCGCGUCACUCUAGUAAUAGUAGGGAUUAUUGGCUCUGUACUCGUUAACAUUCUCUUCUGGCCAUAUGUCGCCAGAAUAAAAGUAAGACUGCAUUUAGGAGACUUGUUAAGGCAGAUCUCCAUGUCAUAUUUGAGAGCCAUGGACGGCUUGCUAGUUAAAGCUACAAGUAUUGACCCGCAAACUCUAGAUAAGAGCUUGAACAAGGACUUUAAAAGUUUUCGGAGAUCUCUGCUAUAUGAAAAAAUGCUAUUAAGUUUUGCGAAGAACGAGUUUUCCUUGCUUCACGGCACUUUUAAUGAGAAAAAAUAUUCUAAUAUUAUAAACUGCGUGGAAAAAUUAGUUGACGAAAUAGAGCUAUUCAAGAUGUUUUUAAAAAACAUGGAUUUCGGUCAGGACGAGGAUGUGAAAAGUCUAUUGAAAGUCAACUCUGACUUACGUGCAAAUGUGGUUGCCAAUUUCGUCUCUGUCAUGCACGUCUUGGCUUCAGCCAUCACGCGGACGAUGCCUCUGCCAAAUUUCAUUGGUCAACCGCCGCUCGAAUUGCGUCACCACCCAGUCUUGUCUGCUAUAAAGGGACGCAUGUGUAUUGUUAACCCCUUUUGGCUCACCACGCCAACUUAAGUGUAUCACUGUAGCAGAUUGCGGCCAGCACCGCCAAUGAAAGUCUAUGUUGCGUAUCACUUUAUACGUGUUAUUACGCACAUUCCUUGAAAGUGUCCCAAGCCAUCGCCAACUUAGCGGCCAGCGUUCGCUCGUUGGUAGGGACGUUUCCACCCACGGAAACGACCGCAAGCAAUUGUUUAGCCUGAAAUAAACCUCGACGCUUGCCCUUACUUGCUAAACUCUUGCAAACACAAAUUUGACGUACAUAACAAAGAAGUGGACGAGCACGUAAGGAUAUUUUUACAACUCAUUAAGACAUCUCCGAAUCUCAAUUUCUUUCUU